CCGGAUCCUCUGCUACGAUCUCUUCAGGGAAGGGCGAGCACUCUCCGAUAGCUACUACAACAGCGGCAGUAAAGGAGGCACAACAACAUCGACGAUAUCAAUGGCAAAGGCUAGAGCGCAGGUCAUCCACAACAUCAACAAGAACAACAUCAUUAACAGUGACAAGACAGGGGAGCACGUCUGUAACAACAUCGACAACAACAUUAUCAUCGAUAGUGACAUGGGGGCAGGCAGCGAUGACGAUGGCAACAGCGGCGUGGACAACAACAACAAGAACAUCAACAACAACAACAACAAGAACAACAUCAACAUUGUCGAAGAUGACGUCAACAGCAACAACAACAAAGACUACAAGACGGCGUUAUUUGAACUUAUUUCGAACAACGGUGGAGACACCAGUCCAGGCAGCUGCGUUUUUGACAAUGGCGACAAGGACGAUCGAGACAUCAACAACAACAGUAACAACAACAACGACAACGGCACCUGCACCGCUGGCGGCGUCAACGUUGAUUGGAGUCAUCCGGCCCUUGAUUUCAAUCAAGUAGGGGUGUUGCCUGUCCCUCAGGUCGGAGAUAUGGUGGAAUAUGGAUUUGGCUUUGCAUGACAUAAACAGACCAAAUGAACACAAAUCACAUAG